GCAGAAGAAUGGCUUGGUCACAGGCUGUUGAACGACUGCCUCUAGGAUGGAUAUGUUUUACGAUAAGCCUGCUUCUACAUAUAUUCAAAACUAUACAUGCCUUUGACAGUUUUCCAUCUAGUACUGCUGUAGAUGAAUUUAGGCACCAUGAGAGGGUGAUACCAGUACUUUACAGCUUGGGGAGCAAAGUAGAUAGGACAUUAUUUAAGGGGGAACAUUUAGAAGAAAUCACCAUUGUGAUAUCAAGUGCAAGAAAAAACUUUACUUUGGAUUUAAAAAUUAAUAGAGAACUGCUGUCUAGUGCUUAUGUAAAAAGAAGACCCCACAUUAAUGGCUAUCACAUACACAAACCAGCACCAGACCAUAAAAAGAGUCACUGCUUUUACCAUGGUCAAAUACGAGAUCUUCCACAUUCCAUGGCGGCUGUCAGCACCUGCAAUGGUAUUAGUGGGUUCUGGAUGGAUCAGGAUGAGUAUUAUCACCUAGAGCCAGCUCCUCACAGUUCCCAGUUUGUUCACCUGAUGUACCGAGACACGGACAGAAAACACAACAACUUCUCCUGUGGAUAUGAUGAAAAGCAAGAACCGCUGUCGUCCAUAGAACAAGCGCAAAGCCUUGUCAGAAGGGUAAGGCGUGAUGUGUAUGGUCCUUAUGAUAGCAAUGCCGACUCAAGAUAUGUCGAACUCUUCCUGGUCAAUGACUACAGGCUGUCUCAGGCAACAGGUGCUGACAGAGAACAUCGUUCUAAAGAAAUCACAAACAUUGUCAGUCGUUUGUACCGCCCCCUGAACAUCUAUGUGGCUCUGGUGGGGGUGGAAGUGUGGGACCAGACAGACCAGGUGGUCAUCACCCCUGACCCUAACGCCACCCUGGACAAUUUCCUCAGGUAUCGCAGGGAGAGGAUCAAUCCUUACCAUCCAAACGACAAUGCCCAGCUCCUCACAGGUGUGACUUUUAAGGAUGGUGUGGUUGGUAAAGCUGUCAAAGGUCCAAUCUGUACAUACCGCUACUCAGGAGGGGUGAAUAUGGAUUACAGUUCCUUGGUGAGUUCUGUGGCCACAACAGUGGCCCAUGAGAUGGGUCAUAACUUUGGGAUGCAGCAUGACAAUGACAAGUGUGUGUGUCCUCAGGACCGCUGCAUCAUGGCCUCCAUCAGCGGGUCUGCCAGUCCGAAUAUGUGGUCGUCCUGCUCGAAGGAAGCUGUGGCAGAUGCCUUUCGUCACGGCAUGGACUACUGUCUGCGGAACAAACCUAAACAGCUGUUUGGGGGACCUGUAUGUGGGAACGGGUUUGUGGAGGAAGGAGAGCAGUGUGACUGUGGCCUACCAGAGGCUUGUGAUAAUAAGUGCUGCAAUGCCACCUCGUGUACAUUUACUCCCAUUGCUGUGUGUGCUACAGGUGAAUGCUGUGAUAAAUCAACCUGUAUGCUCAUACCUGAGGCUACAGAGUGCCGGGCGGCCAAAGGGCCUUGUGACUUUGCUGAGUACUGUGAUGGGAAGAAGGAGUUCUGUCCUGCUGAUGUGUAUGUGGAGAACGGGCUGCAGUGUAAAGACGGAGCGGCUUACUGUUAUGAUGGGCAAUGUAACACUCCAACAGACCAGUGUCAACUAUUGUGGGGACCAUCAGGAAAAGUCUCUGAUGACAUCUGCUUCACACAACUCAACACAGAGGGCAAGAACAUUGGUAACUGUGGCUAUGACUGGGAGACAUCCACCUAUGUCAGGUGCAGACAAAAAGACGUGAUGUGUGGCAUGUUACACUGUGUCCACCUGAAUGAGAAACUCAUGUUCUGGAAGGACGUCUAUGCAUUGAGCUUCUCUGCUACGUUUCUGGAAAUGAGUGAUGGCAGGAAGAAGUAUGUCUGUCGAGGAGCAGUGCUGGAUGUCGGUAUGGACCUUCCUGACCCUGGAAUGGUACCCAAUGGGGCAAAGUGUGCGGAGAAUAAGAUGUGUGUCAAUCAAACAUGUAUCAAGGUCUCGUCACUGCCAGGGAAAGGUCAGUGUUUCCGCAAGUGUAAUGGCCACGGCACCUGCAAUUCCAAAGGCAACUGUCACUGUGACCCUGGCUAUGCUCCUCCACUGUGCGCUGAAUUUGGUCAGGGCUGCAGUGUGGACAGUGGGCCCUGUCGCCACAGUCUCGAUAAGCGCGGUUUGCUGACGGGAAUGCUGAUGCUCUUCUUGGUCAUCAUCCCCCUCAUCAUUGUGCUCAUCGUAGCCUACUGUAAAAGACAGGAGCUGAAGCGUUGGUGGAAGAAGCAGAGCUUCCUCAAGUACAGGGUUCCUAGUAUUGGUAAACCACCGCCCCAGCCCUCAGUUCAGACAGUGGCCCAGAUCUCCCCCAGUGUUACCCCAGCAGGCAGCACAAGAGAGAACAAGUUCCGCAGUGUCAGUUUCCGUACUGGCAAUCCCCCUUCUAUAUCCAAUCCUGUGUUAAAGAGCAGCACCAAUCGUAAUUCUCAGGUGGUGGCAGGCAGUGGUAGUGCCAUGGAGACAUUCAAACCAGCCGAUGACCCAAACUCACCCAUCUACAAAAACGUGCCUCCCCCACGCCCCCCUCCAUUCAGGCCCAGGUCUUUGCACGAGGAUAUGCCCCCUCAGGUGGAGUUUGCUGGGGCCCGUUCCUCCGUUAACAGGAACAUCUCACUUAGAGAACAAACUCACCCUCCACCCCCUCCUCCUCAGAAGUUUAAACCCCGAAUUAAUCAGCAACCUGAUGUGUUGCAGCUUCAAGACAACACCGACAAAAAAUGCAAGUUUGAAAACAGCCGACUGGCCUUGAAACCUACAGUCGGACAUUCCUCACGCCCUGGACAUGUAUCGCCAACACGCUCUCCCCCACCUCCGCCAAACUCUCCACCGCCGGAUGCAGGUGUGUCUGCAUUGAAGGCCAGGUUUGACAAGAGUGGACUUAGCGGAGGGACAGUCAAUCGGGAUGGGUCAGGGACUUUAGGGCGGAGCAGAGCUGCGAACAAAACUGGUGCAAGCCAUCAGGACACUGCAGGUAAAGGUGGCACUGGCUCCACCGGGAGGGGAGGUAAAUCUGGUGUGGCACAGUCUCACCCAACAGUUGGGCGGAGCAACUCUCAAAACAAACCCAAAACUCCUCCAAAGCCACCAAAUAAGGCAGACAAACCCUCACUGAGAUAAUUGAUAGGGUACUUUAGUGUGUGUAGUUAUUUGAAAGAAAUAAAUUUAUCUUGAUCUUAAUAAAAACAAAUCCACCUAUUUGUAAAACUUUUAUGUACAUGUAUAUAGUCAAAAUAUGUAAACAUUUCAGUGGCUCUUUCAUUUUUUUUUUUUUUUUUCCCAGACACACUUUUAUUUCCUGUGAUAGCAAAUGGUUUCUUAUUUGUAACUUAAGCAUCAAAAAGGGGGCCCUUGCUGGCCAAGUGCCCUUAACACCAGAAGAUGUUUCGAUGGGGAAUUGGUAAAACCUCUUCCCACCUGCAUCAAGACGGUCCAAAGCUGUGAACUCAUUCGCUCUUUCCUUUAUUACGUCACAUUGAUCUGUGAAUGUGUGCUCAUAAAACAUGUCUUAGGUACACAUGCACUGCGACGUCACAGAGGAAUAAGUUGCAUUCUACUGUCAUUUGGACCGUCUCUGUAGCUCGUCCUCGAGUCUCCCUUUCUGCUCCUGUUGUUAUUGAUGCAACUUUCCGUACAGAUUUUUAUCAUGUAUCAGGUAAAAUGGGUUGGUGUCUCACUGGUUUUGCCCAGUUUUCCUCACCCAUAAACUUGUAAGCUGUCACAUAAGGGAUAUAGGGCAUUAAACACAAUCCAACAAGCAAAUAAAUCAUUUGAACUUUAAAACUUUACCUCAUUGAGGCCUACCUUCAUGCACAUAUACGUAGGCCUGUUUUAUUUUUCAAGUUUGUUUGUAAAUAUGAAUCAGUUUUGUGAAGUAUGAAUUCUUGAGAAAAUUCAAUGAAUGCGCUAUACAGACUUUUGUUUCACAAAAACUCUUUAUAAUGCAUAGUGCUCCAGUACUUUUUCAUACCAUUGUGCUAUAUAAAUGUAGUUGUAUGUGUAGUUAUAUUGUAUCAAGCUUGUUUGGCUGAUGUUGUUCAUUUUGCAAGCCUUUUUAUCUUUCUCCUUGUCACUCAUGUUUUUAUUUUUACUCUUCUUGUUUUUUGCAAGUUUUACGUUUUUGUACAAUAGAAGAAAAGCCAAUGGAGGGGUGCUGAAAAUGAUGACAAUAUCAGAAGAAAGUAUUAAGCUUAAUUGGGGCACAUGACAUAUGACCAAUCCGUGCAUAUUUCUUGUAUUGUAGAGGAUCCUGCUUGUAAACGAAUGAAUAUUGAAGUAAUAGAUAAGUGUCAAAUGUAACAAACUUACAGUCUUGUUGCUCAAUGUCAUAAAGUGGAAUAAAAUCAGUCUGCAUGUAAAAAAAGAAUGAAUGCAGUGUGACUUUGUGCCACACAAGUAAAAAUGAAUCAUCAUUAUUAGGUGUUUUGGUUUAUGCCAUUAUUAGGUGUGGAAUACCCCAAAUGACCUAAAAUAUCGCCCACAAAAGUGCAUUUUUAAAGGCAAAAGAAUGUCACAAAAUACUGGUGCUGAAACUUGGUCCAGUAGAAUAUCAUCUCAUGUUCCAAGAAAGCCUCAAAAAACCUUUAUAAAAUCGGUAGAACUUUCAGAAUCGGGAGAAAUGGACAAGUUAGUUAUGGACGAGUUUAAGGUUAUUUAGGGUAGUUCUGUUAAUACGUGUGACAGUUUGGGUUUCAGUAGACACGGUACACCUCUCCCCCACGACAACCCCAUUGUUGAGACGUCUCUAGGACAUUGGUGGUGUGCAUUGUAUGACAAUAUGUCAUUAGUGAUCUAAUUUGGAAUAAGAUGCUAACUGUGAGCCAAAUUAGUGUAUAACAUCAUGGGCUUAAAUAAGUAUAUGAAUGUGUAAUUUAAUGCAAGCAGUAACGAGUUGCUGGAAAAUUUGCUUAGCACAUUGAAUGACACGUUAUAAUGCAUGAGGGAGAGAUUUGGUAAUCAACAGUAAUGGAAAAAUGUGGUAAUUAAUUUGGAAUGGAUACGGUUUGGAGCUGUGCAGCUAUCCAAAGCUGUACUACAGUGUAUGUCAGAUCGCAACAGUCGUUGUCCUCAUUACUAUAUCAUCAUAAUUUGAUGCACGUGUAUCUACUCGAAUACGGCAGACAUCCUUAACUUAAAGGUCUGCUGCCUUUGUCUUUGAGAGUGCAGAAUACAAACUGCCUUUUUGUUUUGAAAACACUCCCUUUACAUACCAGUUUCAUGUUUGUUGAAGACAUCUUUUUUAUAAUCUAAGACUGCUUUUUUUACAUUGGUGUUUAUUAUACAUUAAUGGAUCACAAUUUUAAAAUCCACUGCUAUUGUAUAUAUGUAUGUAUCUAUGUAUACGUACAUAUAUUUUAAGGACAAUAUUUUAUGUAUAUUUUGUGGGUUCAUCUUUUGUAUAAGGAAUGUUUAAAACAGUCACUGUUCAAGUAGGACAUUAAUUGCAACUCUGAGACAAAAUACCGUCUUUGCAUUGUUGCCAUGACCUUUAGCCAUGGUAUUCAUGGAGAUGGUGAUGCUAAUUUAAUGACAGUACAUGUGAUGUUAUGUUUAUAGAUAAGGUUGUUUUUUUUAGUUCAGUAACCUUGUUUUUAACUACUUCAGCUUCACAGUAUAUCUGUUAGGUCCGUUGAUAGUUGGGCAUUGUUUGUGUGCAGAAUAGCAACAUAUCAGUGUACAUAUUUGUGCACAGGAAAAGCAGUCCUGCAUCUUAACCUGCUGCCUCUCUUUAAGUCUGAACUCUUUAUUUUUGGGGGUAAUUACUCCAACAUACAUCAAAAUACAAGAUGUACAUGUAAUAUUAUAUCACCAUAUGUGAAAGAUAUUUGAUACAAAGUUGUAUUUUGUUUAAAAAGAAAAAAGGU